AUGGAUCUGGAUGUCGAAUCGUCAAGUAUAUCCCAGUUGAGAAGUCACUGUGAAACAUGCUUUCCGAUGAUGGAUGAAGUCGUCCCGAUUCGUGAAAAAUAUGUUGAUUUACUCGAAUUCUCCAACUUCAAUGGGAUUCCUUAUCCAGUCAUCGAUUCAUCCAGAAAGCCUAGAAGAUUUUUAGCAGAUUUUAGAUACUCUUGGUCUCUUCCAUUGUCCCAUGACUAUCCACUGGUUGAGAAGGAGGUUUUAUCUUCAAAACGUGUUCACAAAGUAAUCUCAAGACUGAAAGAGCAGAACGAUGAGCAGAAAAAUAGAGCAGUUCAAUUUUUCACAGAAAUCAGUGCUCGCUUAUCGAAAGUCAUAUGCAGGUGCUGCGCAUAUAUUCUGUACAAAGUAUUUCGGAGGUUGAUGGACAAACUUCUUGUUUGUAAAGAAGAAAUGAAUCAGUUGAAACAAGCGGAACAGACAGGCAUUCCAAUUGUAUAUCUACCUCUACACAGAAGUCACCUCGACUAUCUCCUGAUAACAUGGUGUAACUGGCAUUUCGGUUUGAAACUACCUCACAUUGCUUCCGGGGACAAUCUCAACCUCUCUGGACUCGGUUGGCUUCUUCGAGCUACAGGCGCUUUCUUCAUUCGUCGUCGUGUGGAUCCCGAUGAUGAGAGAGGGAAAGAUCAGUUGUAUCGGGCAAUUCUACAUUCUUACAUCGAGCAGGUUCUCGAAAAAAAUAUGCCGAUCGAAUUCUUUCUAGAAGGGACGAGAAGUCGAUUCGGAAAAGUGCUCACUCCGAAAAACGGGUUGAUUUCAAAUGUAGUGGAGGCAGUUCAGCACGGGUUCAUAAAAGAUUGCUACUUGGUCCCAGUUUCAUAUACAUAUGAUGCAGUAGUCGAGGGAAUUUUCCUUCACGAGUUAAUGGGAAUACCAAAAGUUCGGGAGUCAGUUAUUGGUGUCUUCCGUGCCAUUUUCAGUGGAUUCCGACAGUCGAAACAAUGUGGUGUCGUGAGAAUGCACUAUGGACGGCCAAUUCUCCUAACUGAAUACCUUGCUACAAUCACAGCUUCAUUGUCUAGCCAUCGCACACGACCUGUUCGAAUGACCAAAUUGGCCUCCUCGUUUUCUUAUCGAGAACUUGUACCUUGGCACCGUACACACUCGGAGACAGUUGAUGAUCGUACGAUGAUUCGUGCUAUUGGAUUCCAUGUUGUCUACGAAGCUCAGAUGAUGUGCUCGAUCUCACCAGUAGCCGUGGUUUCCUGUCUGGCGCUUGCUAAAUGGAGAGAGAAAGUCUCUAGAAGUACAUUUGAACGGGACUGUGAAUGGCUUUGUGAGAAUAUCAUAUCAGAAGGUGGCGAUGUCGUUGGUUAUCAAUCCAAAAAGACGAAAGGGAAAGACCUGGCAGACUAUGCAUUCGAAAAGCUCAAAUCGUGUUUGAAAGUGACUGAUGAAUACAAUUUUCCUAGUGAGAUAAUGGAAAACUUUUUGCGAGCGAAGGGUCCACCCUUAUGUGAUUUGAUAUUUUUUGAAAAACUAGAAACAUCACAUAAGGUUUCUGGGGACCCUUAUGUAAUCUUUUUCCUACUGAUAUUUCGUCGCCCAGAGUUUCAGUUCCAGGAUAUGUUCUAUACUAUUGUGUCUCGUUCUCCAAAUGCGACACUACUAUUUGAUGAAAUUGUAGAAGAUACGCUUUCACUCUGUGACUGGUUACAAUUUGAGUUCCUAUUCUGCCGACCAUGCGACAGUCUACGCGAACUUGUUCACAAUGUUCUGAGCAGCAAGGACUGGUCACACCCGAUCCGUGGCUAUCUCACCUCUGAAACUAUCGAAGAAGACGGCUUCCUGGACGCUGGUGAUUUCCAAAUUGGCGGAACAGUACGGGUAUUUUUUCGGGUUCGCGAUUCGAAAUCUCGUGAGGCUCUCCAAUUCUUUGCCAAUCUUGUCCGACCAUUCAUCCAAUCAUUGUAUCUCGUUUCGUCAUUUGUCUCUUCUGAAAGAUGUUCUACUGAACCAACAUCUGAUAAUAAUAUCAUUCGUCAAUUGUGCCAAGAGUCUCUUGCCGGAAAAAUCAGUCUCCCAUUCUCACCACUUCUUGAAUCUAUCAAUUCGGACUCUUUCAAAAAUGGUCUUCGCAUCUUGAAGGAUAAAGGAUUAUUGCAACGAAGCAUCCCGAACUCGACUGCACGAAGCAGCAAUUCUCGUCUCACUGAACUGAUUUCCAAUCUCGAAAGGGUUUUGGAAGUCAAAUAG